UCCUGUUUAACAUUACACGUAAUCAUAGGCUUGAAUGAGGAUAGCAGAAGAACUGUUCCAAAAAGACAGUGCCAAAUGAAUUCGACUGGCUCGGGUUGUCCGACUAUUUCGGAAAUGGGUUGGACUAAAACAGUAGGGCUUACAGUGGCCGGAGGAAUUGUUACCACAUUCGGUCUCCCUGCAGCUCUUGGCGCCUUGGGAUUUACUUCCGCUGGCAUCGCUGCAGGAAGCACAGCUGCAUCUUGGAUGGCUUCCUAUGGUGGGACUGUGGCUUCUGGAUCUUUACUAGCAACGUGUCAAUCUAUCGGAGCUGCUGGUGUGGGAGCAACUGGAGCGGCCAUUGGUGCGGCAGCCGGUGCCAUCAGUUCAAAGUUUUUCCCUGAUAAAUAGACCCCCAGAAGAGAUUCUGAAAAUGAAAACGCAAAUUUCGGCAAAAGAAAAACUUUUUCAAUUAUUCAUUUAAAAGAAAUAAAAUAAAAACCGCUUUAUUUAAAAAAAACCUCCAAGCAAGUUUCAAAAUUUCAUCAUGUUUGCAUUGACUGGUUUUAUCAAAGUCAGGAACAAUUCAAAUGAAAGCCUUCUGUUCAUCUUAUUAAUUUCAUAAAGUAUAUUUAGAACUUUAUUUUCAAAUAGUCCGAUAAGCUCAACAAAUAUUGCUGUUUGUUUUCUUUAUCUUUUUCAAAUGCUUCUUUUUGUUAGUAAAAGUGUAGCCAUUUUUAGACUUAAUGUGAUUUUAAUAUAAAAAAAUAUUUCUAAAUACUGUAGAUUAAAAGCUACAACAGUGAGUUGGCCAAUAACGGAUCACUAGUGAAACUUUUAGUGUUUAUGAACGAAUGAUUUUUUAUAUUCUUAAAUAAAUGUAGGUAGAUUUGAAGUAUUUUUAUUCCUCUUUUACUGUAUACUUCUUGUGAAUUUGUAUUUUGAAUGCAUCAUGGUGCAUUUACCUUUUUCAAACGUCUAGUAAACAUGCCAAUAACGGGUCAAAUCAGCCAUUAGCGGAUCACGUGACAUACGAAUGGGGGAUUGUCUCAAAACACGAAUUUUCUGUCAAAUUCGUCCUGAACAAAGAAAAUAUUGCACAAAUAUAUGUCACCCCUAAAUAGGUACCACUAAGUAAAGAAUUCAAGAGGCAACUGAAUGAUUGUGGUUAUCAUAGUAAUGUUAUGAUUGUAAUAAUGGUGAACAAGAUAACUGCUCUCAAUGAUUUGUGUAGGCAACAACCACAAGACAAAUGGUUGACAUUAUAAAUGCAUUUUCAUUUUUAUUCAGGAUUACAGGGGUCAAAGCAGCUCAUGAAAAUACCUUCUAUGUAAAACUUGAUGAAAGUAACUGUAACCUUAAUGUGUUGUUGUUGUUGUGAAACAAAAGCUAAAAGUGCAAUACCUAGAAAUGUUCAUGUUCUUCUAUGUGGUCAGUAUGAUUAGGAUAUAUUUUAAAAGAAUAACAAACAAAAUUUUCAACAUAUACUGCUUUACUCCUCCUUAGAAAAAUCUGCAAUAAAAAACGAACAAAAUCAUAACAAAAUAGAUGUACUAGUGAAAAACAAUUCUGACUAUCAUUCAUAAAAGGCAAUGUAAUAAUAAUUCUGAUUGUGCAGACAAUUGGAUAUGAACUUCUUUGUCACAAUUAAUUGUUAUAAAACAGUAGCAACAGCUUCAAAAAUAUGUAAUUUAAGUAAAAAAGAAUUCUUUAUUGUUAUAUGUAACAGACAUGUGACUGAAAAUUUGUAUUUUUGUUGGGUUUAACGUUACACCAACACAAUUUUAGGUCAUAGGGCUGGACUUCUGUGUACAUUUUUUUUUCUUUUCCUUUAGCCUUUGGAAGCAUCAUAAUCUGAAACAAUAAAACAAAUAAACAUUGAGCUAGCAUGGAUUCAUUAAGUAUAAUUUUACUAUUUAAUACUUUGACCCAUUCUGCAUUAAGAUGUCAUUGUUAGCAUAAUUAUGAAACAAGAGCUGUCAGAGGAGACAUCUCCACUCGACUAAUCAAUUACUGGACACAAUAUUUAAAGGAAGACAAAACUAUGGACAAAAUAUCAUAUAAAUAUAUUUCUGUAUCAACAUCAAGAAUCCACGUAUUUUUAUAAGUUCAAUAUUUUACAUUACAGAAAUAUUUAUUUUAGAGUAACAAAUUUAUCACAUGUGAUGUUGGUGAUAAGAAGUAACGUAGAUGCCUUGAGAAAUGAAGAAAAUGGAGAAGUAAUAAAAUAAUUUAGUUUUAUUAAAUUUUUAACAAAAUUUUAAGUUUAAGCCUAGUCUUAAAAUAUACUACAUACAUUUGAAGUCACAUAUUCUGUAGGAAUAAUUCUGUAAAAAGUAUUUCACAAAUCAUGUUGGCGAUGAUGUAAAGGAACAUAUAUUUGAAGUUUAAAGUGGAUACAUUAAGAAAUAAAGAAGUUGCAGUAAAAAAAAUAAUAAUCCUAAUCCAAGGGGAGAUAAUUAUGGAAAUAGUUUUGCCAGGGUUAUCAACCUUGUCACAUAAGAUGUGGAUGAUGAUAAGAAACAUUAUGAUUUGAAGUUUGAAGUUGAAGCUUUAAGAAAAAAAAUGUAUAUGUAAAAAAUAUUUUACUGUAAAAUUACUGAACAAAAAUCUUAAACUGAAAUCAGGACACAGACGCUGGGUGAGGACAAAUCGCAAUAUAUGUGUCAUAUAAAUAGCUGAAUAUGAAACAAUUUGUUCUUUGUAUCUGAUUUAUUUAAUAACUAUGAUUUAUGAUGUUAUAUAUAUUCUGGAAAAAAACUGGAUACCUACGUACAUGUACCCUGGAACAGUAUUUAACUGUUGCAGCUGUUUAUACUGCAUAACAUACUUUUUUGGAAUGGACUGAAUAAUUCAGUUGUAAUAUUAACAUAAAUCAUUUAAACUUUAUAUUAUUUAUUUAUUUAUUUGGUCUACAAACUAAAAUUUAAAAAAGAUAUUCUAUAACAGGUUGUAUAACUUAAAGGCUGUACCUUCCUAUAAAUUCCAUGAUCCGCUUUUGGACAACUCGGUGCAAUUCAUUUGAAUGGCGCUAUCAAAAUAAUUCCUCAAGUAUUUUUUAAACGGUUAUUGUUGCAGGUAGUUAACAUAUUGGACAUCAAAUAUCUACCAGCUUUGAUCCAAUAUCUUUCGAGUUUUUAUGAUAAAUAAGGCAACAAUUUCAAAUAUGCGUUGUCAACGGCGCUAAAUUUCACGAGAAACGGAAACGCUUGAUUAAGCAUCUGAGUGAAUCUGAUAUGAAUUACACGGAUGUUUACAUUUUUUCCGCUGUCAAGUAGCUAACAUCCUAAUGCACAUGCCUGUUAGGUAAAAACAUUUUAAAGCACAAAACUGUUAGAAGAAUAUUUCGUUAAAUUACUGACUGAUCCGUUAUUGGCUAUGAUCCGCUAUUGGCUAACUCACUGAACUUAUUGUUGGAAAUAAAUAGAUAAAUUUUGGAACGCUUGAA